CCGAAUGGCGUAGAGGGGCGCCAGGUGCAGGAGAGUCCAGGGAGCAUCAAUGGGGAAUGGACCCGACUAAUGCACACUUGCUCAACGUGUGAGCCGUUCAUUCAUAAGAGAUAUCCUUAGUCACUGGCAUCUAUACCUUGACAUCUGCGCGCGCCAACGCGGGUUUUGUAGUUUUAGUUGUCAUAUAACGUGGUUUUCGAUACAUUCAUUUAACAUUUGUCUACAAAAUGCGUGUAAUAGGUGUACCUCAUCAGCAUGGACUGUGUUAUUUAAUGAUCUCGCGUGGAUUGGCUUGACACUGCGUGGACACGCGCUCUUGGACGCUGUAUAUUCCGUAUUGUGAGUCUCAGAUGUUUCAAGACCAGUGCGCCUUUGCGCUGAUUACACAAAGCGACAAAAAUGCGACAGCCUGUGGAUACAUCCUACUGCAAUGAUUGUAUUUAUACUCUAUGUUGUGUACUGUUGACGAGGACGCGCUACGGACCUAUUGCGGAGAUUUAACGCACAGAAACAGAAGAUCAGUAAUAUUUCACCGUUUAAAUGAUAAAAGCGCAAAAACAUUUUUGGAGCGUCGAAUUGGAGAUUGAAACGACUUUGAUGUCAUAGUGUUGGGGCGCACUGUAUGUAUCACUUCAUUAUCGCAACAGCUGUACGCAUUCGAGACGCGCAAUUGUAUAUGAGGUCUCCUGUAAUGCUGUUUGGGCAAUAAGUGAGAAACCGCGCGUGAGUACAAAUCAAACGCGUGAAUGAAACACGAAGAUAAGUGCUAUUAUUUUAAAUGAACUGAGGUUUGGGUUCAGAAAUCAUUAAAUGGAGAUAUGAAUUAUUGGUGCAACGCUAAGAGAGAGAUAGCUUUGGUGCGGAAAAUAAAAGGGGAGACAAGAAAUGUGUUUUAUGAAAUAGCCAAAUAUUGUGUUGAAGGGACUUUCAAGGAGUUGAAAUGCAUGAUGCGAGGAAAAUCUUUGUCCAGGUAAUCUGUCAUGGUUUUAAGAUGCGUUUAAAUAAAAUUAACAAUAUGAAUGGCUUGAAUGAGGAGAGCACGCAUUUGUAAUGAGUGUGAGAAGAAGAUAACGGGGAACUGGGUUGUUCUGAAUGACAUGCGCACACCUCCCACAAGCCAAUUUAGUCUGGCAGUGGAUUUAUGGAAACAACUUUUGGUACCUGGCUCCCCCUUUCCAUCUUGAUCUUCUUUGGAUGGAAUGACUCGUACAGAAAAUGUCUCCCAAACACUUCAGGAUGGAAUAUGAGUCAUGCAUAGACCACAACUAGAAAGAGUCUUCACAGCUGCAAUGACUUGAUGAUAUUGUUUGAUGUUCAACUCCACAUUUGAAAAGUGAAAAGGAAGAGGACAUGCACCGGAGAAAUGGAUAAAAAGCCAAAUCAGCUUUGCCUCCUGUCUCGUGGAUUUGUGCUGACUUAGCUUUUUGUGGUUUAUCCUUGCCUUGGAUAAAUUACGCUGUAAGUCUUGGAUGUUCUGUGACUGUGUUUUCUCAUUUUUAUUACCUUAUGGGAGAAAAAUUAAAGCAUAGAUGUCACUUUUGUUUUGCUCAUUGCUAAAGAAAAUAUUAUUUCUCCAAAAUGACUUGGAUCUCACCUCAAUAAUUCUUUGGUGGCAAUGGAAAAAUGGCACACUUGACAUCUACGCACUGACACAUAAACAUUCUCAUCCUUUAUAAACCAAUGUACAAAUAAUAUUUAUUGUUCUUUGUAUGUCAAUGCAAAAUCCCAUUAUGGAAUUCCCUCACCACCUGAGUUCGGUACUGUGACUGCCUAAGCUGCAUCUAAAUUUGAAGAAGCCACAUUUAAGCCACAUUUGAAAGUGACCACAAUUCAGCUCUGUUAACACUUCUCUAAAACCUUCACAUUUCCCUCUCUCCCCCCCACCCGCGCCACGUGGGGGGGAGAGCUUCCUCCUCUGGGGUGACCCCAGAAGCGUGUCCCCCUCAGCCCAGCAGACAGUGACUGUCACACAGGUCUGUCAGCAUGGAUGCUGGCCACGGCGGCCCGGAGAACCCCAACCGGGCAGUGGAGUACCUGCUAGAGCUCAACAACAUAAUCGAGAGCCAACAGAAGCUUUUGGAAACACAGCGGCGGCGCAUUGAGGAGCUGGAAGUACAACUGGACCGACUCAGCCAGGAGAACAAGGACCUGCGGCUGGACCGACAGCCCGGCCCACCCCCACCACCACCUCCCAUCCACCCCACCCUGACAGCCACAGCCCACGCUCCAGCAUCCACCAACAUCUACUCCAAUAAGAGCCACAAUAGUGGCCCUAUCCCCAUCCCCAUCCCUGCUCCAGCACCUCCACCCCCACCUCCACCUGUACCGCCACGGGACCGCCGCGCCAAUGCCAACGCACACACAAGGCUUGGCCAGAGCCUGUCGUGUGGACCCAAUGCCACGGAGAGGGACAGGGAACGAGAGAGAGAUGGUGCCGGUACCAGUUUGGGCAGCUCUCUACCGAGACAGCCAGAAGGAGACUUAUCCAACAAAGACAGUGUGGAUGCAGAUCCUCAGUGUCCGGACACAGGAAGCUUUUCUGAUACCACCUGCAGUCAGGGCCCAUACCUGGGAAAUUCAAACCGCUACAGGAACAUUCGAAACGCUCCCGGCCCUCAGGGGCCUACAGUGGAUCCUCCAAGCCCAACGAGCCUGGCCUGGGCUCAACGGACGCGACACCAGCCCGCCAGCCUGGCUCUCCGCAAGCAAGAGGAGGAAGAGAGCAAGCGCUCCAAAGCGCUCUCUGACAGCUAUGAGCUCUCCACAGACCUUCAGGACAAGAAGGUGGAGAUGCUGGAGAGGAAGUAUGGCGGUUACUUCCUGAGCAGGCGAGCGGCUCGAACCAUACAGACGGCGUUCCGUCAGUAUCGUAUGAACAAGAACUUUCAGCGGCUUCGCAGUUCUGCCUCUGAAAGCCGAAUGACCCGUCGAAUCAUCCUGUCGAACAUGCGUUCGCAGUACUCGUUUGAUGAGCGACAGCCACAGAUGCAGCCUCAGACACCUCAGCAGCAGCAAGGUCGAUACACCAGUCAUCACAGCUCAUCUCUGGGCACAGCUGGCCAGCCGGGAAACCCAGACACACAGCAGGAGGCUUAUUCACCUGCACACAGUCCUUCAGACAGGGAGGAGUACUCGCAUGCAGACGAUGACUUCAACAAACAGGUGACGUCGCUGGCUGACUCUAUGGAUGAUACUUUAACAUGUCAGUCAGGACGAGGGGACUCUCAGGAUGGUGGCGGGGGAGGCGGUGAUGAGGGUGAUGAUUUCAGUGAGUGUGCAUGGAGCAGCAAACCCACCCUGCGCAGGGGGGUCUUGGGAGAGCAAGAGCGACUAGGAGUCAUGCAUGAAGACAGCACAGCCACCUCGUACAGCGAUGUCACGCUUUAUAUGGACGAUGGCAUUCCGUGUUCACCGCUGUCCAUUGAGCGGGUUCCCUCCAGCACGGACACGGAGUACUGGGGCAUCAGCAGGGGUGUUGGAGUUCGUGAGGACAGUCGGGACACGGAGGGUGGGGGGAGCAAUAACAGCCGGCGUAGCACGCCAUGCACGGAAUGCCGAGAUUACCGCUUACGUGGGUCCCACCUUCCUGUUCUUACCAUAGAGCCACCCAGCGACAGCUCGGUCGACAUGAGUGACCGCUCAGACCGUGGCUCCCUCAGCAGACAGCUGCUAUAUGAGCAGGAGCCUGCUGGUGGCGGAUCGCCCCAAGGAACUCUUAAACACAACCCUGUCCCUCGCUCGCCCAAUCCCUGCACGGCACAGGGCCAGACGCGACCUCCAGGCCGCCCCAUCCCUUCGCCUUUACCUACGCACCUACCACACCACACCAUAAUGCACCACCACCAUCACCCACACCUUCACCAUCCAAUGCACCAGCACCCUUUGCCACACAUCCAUCACCCCUACCCAGACCCCACAUCCCCCUCCCCUACCCAGACUCCACUUACGCCACUCUCUUCCUCGUCAUCUGCGCCGCUGCCCCCUACUGGGCUGGAACAUUCGGAUGGUGAUAACGACUCACUAAACUCCACCACCAACUCUAACGAGACCAUCAACUGCAGCUCAGGCUCUUCUUCCCGGGACAGUCUGAGAGAGCCACUGCCUCAGCUAGGAAAACAGACUUAUCAGAGAGAGAGCCGGCACAGCUGGGACUCACCAGCUUUUAACAAUGACGUGGUGCAGAGGAGGCAGUACCGCAUUGGACUCAACCUCUUUAACAAGAAACCAGAGAAGGGAAUCCAGUAUUUGAUAGAGAGAGGCUUUGUAUCAGAUACACCAGUGGGCAUUGCACGCUUCAUUCUAGAGAGGAAAGGCCUGAGUAGACAAAUGAUUGGGGAGUUUCUGGGAAACCGACAAAAACAGUUCAAUAAGGAUGUGUUAGACUGUGUGUUGGAUGAAAUGGAUUUCUCAGGCAUGGAUCUGGAUGAUGCCUUGAGGAAGUUUCAGGCUCAGAUUAAAGUUCAAGGAGAAGCCCAGAAAGUAGAGAGACUGGUAGAGGCCUUCAGUCAGAGAUACUGUGUGUGCAACCCUGCACUUGUCCGUCAGUUUCAGAAUCCUGACACAAUCUUCAUCCUGGCCUUUGCUAUUAUCCUACUUAAUACAGACAUGUACAGUCCCAACGUCAAAGCUGAGAGAAAGAUGAAGCUGGAAGAUUUUAUCAAGAACCUGAGAGGAGUGGACAAUGGACAGGAUAUUCCCAGGGAUUUGUUAGUCGGAAUCUACCAGCGCAUUCAGAAAUGGGAACUCAGGACAAAUGAUGACCACGUCUCUCAAGUACAGGCUGUUGAGAGGGUCAUUGUGGGAAAGAAACCUGUGAUUUCUCUGCCACAUCGCAGGCUAGUAUGCUGCUGUCAGCUAUAUGAAGUUCCUGACCCCAAUCGACCACAGAGGAGUGGAGUUCACCAACGGGAGGUCUUCCUCUUUAAUGAUCUUCUGGUGGUUACGAAGAUCUUUCAGAAGAAGAAGACGUCGGUGACGUACAGUUUCAGACAGUCUUUUCCCCUAUUGGAGACGCAGGUUCAUAUGUUCCAGAAUUCCUACUACCCUCAUGGUAUCAGACUGACAUCAGCAAUGCCUGGCAGUGAGCGUAAGGUUCUGAUUGUGUUCAACGCGCCGAGCCAGCAGGACCGAACACGCUUCACCAGUGACCUGCGAGAGAGCGUUGCUGAGGUUCAGGACAUGGAGAAAUACCGCGUAGAGUCUGAGUUAGAGAAGCAGAAAGGUGUGAUGCGUCCAGGGCUCUUAAGUGGAGAUGUGGGUGGGGUUGGCGGGAUGAAGACUGAGGCUGUGAACGGCACUCUGGGUAGGCCCAGUCUGGAUGACACGUACGCGACAGGGGAGGGGCUUAAACGAACAGCACUUAGCUCCUCGCUGAGAGACCUCUCUGAGACAGGAAAGCGAGGCCGUAGAAACAGCGUUGGCUCUUUGGAUAGUACCAUUGAAGGAUCCAUCAUUAACAGCCCACAGCCACACCAACGCAUACCCAUCGGGGGUGCCAUUCCUGGCUGCUACGGGGUGGAAGACUACCGGCCUCACCGCCCCAUCCUGAGCCCCGGAGUAGGGGUGGGGGGUGGGCCGGGGCAGCUUCACAACGCCGUAGGGAACAUGGGUGGAAUCCCUGGAAUCGGCGAUCGAGGUGGGGGGCAGGGGAGCAGUUCUGGGGGGAGCAAUUCAGGUUCCUUCCUGGGCUCCCUGUUUGGCAGCAAACGCUCCAAACCCCCUGCUCCCCUUACACCCCCCGGGCCACAAUACCCGGCCCCCGUGCCACCGCCUACUACAGGAGGGCCACCACCCCUAUCCCCCUCCGCCCUCAGCCAGUCAGACCCCGGUGGGCCAUCCAAAAUCCAAUCACUGCACGCUCAGUACUGUCACAACAACUUUGGCCAGCCUCCGCCCCCAUACCACCAUCAUCAUCGGUAUCACAUGCAGAUUUCCGGCCCGGGCCAUCAGCCCGUUACCCACCAUAUUUUGCAACGAGGGUCCCUCCCACGGCACGGGCAACCUGCUCCUUCUCACGCCCAGCUCCAGCAGCAACUAUCCCAUCAUGCUAUGCAGCAAGGCCGCUACGGAAAUAUAGCCUGCACCCCUCCACCUCUGUCCCCGCAUUCACCCCAUUCCCCCAUUGCCCCGUUCAACUUCUACCACGUACACCCCGUACGCCAUGCCCGCGCACCCGGUCCUACCGGAAAGCUUCCACUCACCCUGUCUCACUCUCAGCCCCAUCCACACGCCUACUCCCACGUUCACUCUCAUACCCACAACCAUCCCGGCCACGCCCACAGCCCUCACCCACUACUGCAUCACUCUGCCCAUCAGCCUCACUUCGUCUUCUCCCCACCCCCUCAGGCACCAUCCGCUAUUACCGCCCGCCACAUACCACAGGGUACCGGCCACUACGUACCACAAUACCCGCCCCUCUCCUCCAUCCCGCCUCCUCCACUACACUCCCCAUUACCUCCUCCGUCCUCCCCACAUACCCCUCUCACCCCUCUCACACCAUUAUCUCCACUCACUCCAGGACCCCUGGGGGUGCAGUCGGGCGGCCCAGUGGGCGGAGGAGGAGGCGGGCCCAGCAACAGCAGCACGGGCGGCAGUUCCAAAUCCAAACCUAUCAACCGCAUCAGCACGGUGGUGUGA